AUGGGAUCAAGGUUUUUUGCAGAUAAUUUUUGGUCGGCUGAUUACAUUACAGGAUUAUCGCGAUUGAAACAAGAAUCAACGUUAUCGAUAAACCAAUUACAUGAUUUUAGAAAACUAGCUUUCAGUUACUUGAAAUAUUACUUUCUGAAUAGCGAGUAUUUUGCCAAGUCCAUUAGGGAGCUAUUUGAUGGUGAAUGUUCGUUUGCCAAUGGUAUUGAGUCGUUACUGUUGAACUCAUGUUAUAACACUUUUAUAAGUGAGAUGGAGUCAGAAUCGGUUAUUAUGCUGAAUUUGGCGGCAAGCAUAGAUAAAUAUGUUGUUGACGAUAUAACCAAGUACUUGAAAUUUCAUGAACCAAAGAUCAAACGGGAGCUUUCGAGGUUAGAGGAGUUGUAUGAUGAGUAUGUCAAAUUGUUGAAGAAUAUUUCCAAAACUAAACACAAGUACGUCGAGCAAUUGCAUUUGAAGGAGUUUGCAAUUGCUAAGCAGAGAAGGAUGAAAAUAGAAGGAGAGGAAUCCGACUAUAGUGACGAAGAGUCAUAUGUGGAAGAAGAACAACAAGAAGAACAAGAAGAACAAGAAGAGGAGGCGAGAAAGGAGGCGAGAAAGGAGGCGUCAUAUGUGGGAGAAGAAGAAGAAGAGGAGGAAGAGGAAGAGGAGAAGAAGAAUACAAUUAGAUUGAGAUUUCCCUUGCGUAUAGGUCCAGCGACUUUUGACAACUUGGAAGAACUAAAAAUAACGCUAUCUCAACUUAUAGCCAAAACCCCCACUACAAAAAGAACGAUUCCGCUACCUGGGUAUAAGGAAGAAAUAUUUGUAAGUGAUUCUAUAUGCAAUGUGUUGACCAGUUUAAGAAUACGAGGAUUGAGUCCAUCAAGAUCGAAUCUUGAAAAGUUUGGCCAGGGUCUUCUCGAUUUAAAGCUCAUUACUCCAACAAAUAUAUUUCUGCGAAAAUUCAAAAGUGAAGCAGUUUGGUUUGAAUGGUCUGAUUUAGCUUUGCAAAUUGCUGAAUUCAAGUCUUUUCAUUCCCAUUCUCGUACUUUUUCUACUUCAACUUCUUCUUCUGAUGCACGCACUUUGCCAUCAAAGAAUUCAGCAAGAUCAAACAACCACAAAAUGACCUCCCCUGCUUCAAAAUUGAUGAAUAACAUGGCGGAAACAACCACUAGAUUCAACGCAAUGUUUAAUACGGUAAAGAGUUCAAUAUUGAAAACAAACCAUUCUGAGAUUUUAGCGGAGCUCCUAGACCAGUACAACGACCAGAUAUUAGAGUUACAAGAAUAUGUUUACUUUUUGGAAAAGGGUUUAUUUGACAUAUCGCAGUAUUUGGAAAAAUUUGAAAAAGUAAAGAUUCAAAUAAUCUAUAAAUGCUCAGCAAAGUUACUGGAUCUCAUAGUCCAUUUUCAUCACCAACAAGUUGCAUCUAUUGACAAAUUUUCCAAAACUAUUACGCAGAUAAAUCAGGUAUCGAAUUACGAAUCAGAUUUCGAUACUGCUUUGCAAAAUUUUAAGAGUGGCAUUUAUUUUCCAAUAUCACACCCACUCCUCCCACAAAAGGAGCGCGAGCAAGUUGGCAAUUUGCCGCAAAAUCUAGAGAAGCAGUUUGAUUUGUUUAACGAUAUUCCAUUGCAGUUGUUAAAUUGCCAGGUUUUCGAAGAAAAAGAAGAAGAGAAGCGUGUUUUGAGCGUGGCAUCUGUUCCAGUACUUCUUUAUGAAAUAAUAAGCAUCCUAGAGUUGGAAGGAGACAUCAACCAUCUUCGGAAACUCUGGCUACAGCCAAUUGACUUCCAAUCUCAAUGGCGAGUCAAACAGGAGUUGACUCAGUUAAUUGCAGAUUACGCCACUGGCACAGAGCAGGAAAUUCAAAGCAAUGUUACAGUCUCAAGUGCCAUUAUCACUAUGGUUAUAGAUAAUUUAAAGUCAAGAAAAACAGAGGAGGUGAUUGUGUUUCUAAAAUGUUGGUUAAUGGAGAUCAAGGAUUCUGUGAUACCUUUCAUUGUGUUUGAUUCUGUAGUAAAUGAGUAUGCAGAAGAUGGAAAGAAAGACACUAAAAGCAAUUUGAUCAAGCAUUUGGGGUCGAUACCCAGAAGCAACUUGGCAUCGUUAUUAUGUAUUAUGGAACAUAUUUGCAAAGUCUUUGACAUUUACACGUUUAGUAACUAUCGUUUGUCUGACAGUUUUCCUGAAGCUUCAAUUACAACAAAAGAUGACUCGUUAUUGGAACUGGUUUCUAAAGAGUUGAACCUGAUGCAAGUGAUUGGAGGAAUUCCUUUUGUGCAUUUGAUAAUGAGACCAUGCUUGGCCAAGAAUUUUACAGGCUUCAAACCUCCAUUACUGACCUAUGUGGAGAUAUUGGCAAACUUGAUAAACCCUGAGAUUAGGUUGGAGCUUUUCCAUAUUAUAGUAAAUUAUGAAAAGAAACUAAUAGAGAAAAAAGAGAUUGAAAAACAAUCUGGAUUACAAGUAAAGAGGAUGAUACCAUUGCAAGAACAAAAGUUUCAAUUUCAACCUCAGCUGAAUGAACCACCAAAGACUCCAAAGGAAGAAACGGUUCAAGUAUUACUUACCGAUGAGAAGUCAAAAACUAGUAAUGUCGUUAGUACACCUCCACUGGAGGAGCAGCAACAGCAGCAACAGCAACAGCAACAGCUGCAACAGCUGCUGCUGUUGCUCUUUCUGAAACAAGAUUUUUCCAAUCUCAAAGCUCCACAAGCCUUGAGUGCAGAAGCUUUUUCCUUGAGACCUUUCAAAACUCGAUCUACACCAACUCCAUCACCAUUGGGUUCACCAAAAUAUUUACAUGAUGAAAAUUCUGAACCGCGUAGAGCGAGAAGUGCGAGUACUUCAUUCCUCGUGCCAAAGAUGGAUAUUGAAUUUGAAGGACACUAUAAAAUAUAA